AUGCUCCAGUCUCUAGCCAGUAAUUCGUGCGUCCGAUUGAUUCAGACGCAUAAAUCAACGUGGUAUUUUAUUUCUCUGGUGUUGGGUUACAUUCUCUACCUAACAUUCGGUGCGGUGGUGUUUUCCUCCGUGGAGCUGCCGUACGAAGACCUUCUGCGUCAGGAGCUCAGGGCCAUCAAAAAACAGUUCCUCCAAGAAAAUGAGUGCAUUUCUGAAGAGCGUCUGGAGCGGUUUCUGAAGAGAGCCCUGGACGCCAGUAAUUAUGGGGUUUCUAUUCUGAAUAACGCCUCGGUCAACUGGAACUGGGACUUCACCUCUGCGUUGUUUUUCGCCAGCACUGUACUUUCCACCACAGGUUACGGUCACACUGCCCCGCUCUCUGAUGGUGGAAAGGCCUUUUGCAUUGUCUACUCUGUGAUCGGCAUUCCCUUCACUCUGCUCUUUCUCACCGCUGUGGUGCAAAGGAUCAUGGUCUUCAGCACACGCCGUCCCAUCGCUUAUUUCCACACAAACUGGGGCUUCUCCAAACCGUUGGUGGCUAUCGUCCACGCCGUCACCCUCGCCGUUUUGGCCGUUUGCUGCUUCUUCCUCAUUCCGGCUGCAAUAUUUUCUGCGCUGGAGGACAACUGGAACUUCCUGGAGUCGUUCUACUUCUGCUUCAUAUCACUCAGCACCAUCGGCCUUGGCGACUAUGUUCCUGGGGAAGCUGCCAACCAGAAGUUUAGAGAGCUCUACAAAGUGGGCAUCACAGUGUACCUGAUCCUGGGCUUGAUCGUGAUGCUGGUGGUGUUGGAGACCUUCUGUGAGCUGCAGCAGUUGAAGCAGCUGAGGAGGAUGUUCUACCUGAAGAAGGAGAAGCCUCAGGACCGCGUGGCCAUCUUGGACCACGACCACCUGUCCUUCACCGCCGUGUCCGACAGAAGCCCCGGUCAGCACGAAGAGAAGGCCCACGGGCUGGUGCUCACUCACGACAGUCAGAUAUUCCAGUAA